AUGUUGACAUCUUACAAGCGAAUAAAGAUCAUGGAGGCCACAACACUUGUGGCAUUCUGCCUCGUCCAGAUCUUCCUCGCCUGUUCCCAAAACAUUGCUCAAGAUAUCGUGUCGACAAAAUCUGGAGACGUCCGAGGCAUUUCGCUGCGAACUACGACAGGACAGCUACGAGCGUUUUUAGGCAUUCCUUACGCGGAGCCCCCAGUAGGAGAUCUCCGAUUCAAGAAGCCCGAGCCUAAACAACCUUGGAACUACGUCUAUAACGCAACGUCCCUACCGAAGAUGUGCCCCCAACCCGAUGUUUACCUCAACAAGUAUUAUUACGUUAAUACAAAAAAUGCAGUGAGCGAGGACUGCCUGUACUUGAACGUGUAUGUUCCCAUCACAAAUAGGCCUCUGGCACCUGUCCUCGUAUACAUACACGGCGGGGGCUUCAUCUUUGGGGGAAUAUCAAUGAACAUCACUGACACAACCGAGCUGAGUGUACGUGGCGAUCUAAUCACCGUCGCCAUUGCGUACAGACUCGGUGCUUUAGGCUUCUUGAGGACAGACCUCGAAGACGUGCCCGGAAACAUGGGGCUCUACGACCAAGCCUUGGCCAUACGUUGGGUGAAGGACAACAUCGAAUCCUUCGGAGGGGACCCCAACAAGAUCACAUUAAUGGGACAGAGUGCUGGAUCUAUCUCCAUCGGAAUGCACCUGAUGUCUUCCAGGAGCAGAGGACUCUUUCAUCGUGCCAUCAUGCAAAGCGGAAGCCCGUUCACAAGAAUAGUAAUCAAUGAUUACGAUAAGGCACGCAGCGCUGCCAGGAAACUCGCCGAAGCCCUCAGUUGUGAGACUGAAAACCAAACGUUCAAGACCGCACCACAAAAGAUUAUCCGAUGCCUGCGGUCAAAGAACGCUUCGGAUAUUGUUGCCGCGACUGAAGGUUUUAGUUCCGGUGGCCUCCAUGCCUUUUAUCCCCUUUUCGGUGAGGCACUUGUGCCAGAGGGACCUCUUGCAGCGCUGGAAGCCGGACACUUGCCUGCCGUAGACGUCCUUGGCGGAGUAACAGAAGCAGAAGGAGACUUUUUUGUUUACCAUUUUCUCAAGGCUUAUGUUGAUCUUUCCACCCUUAAAGAACUUACAAAAAAAAACGUGAAGCAAUUGAUUGCAAUAUUUCUCACCGGAACCGUCGAUGGAGACACGGAGCCCAUAUUAGAUCGUUAUUUUUCCGACGUUGACGAGAACGAUGGCGCGGAGGCCGUUCGAGUCGGCUCUGAUAUAAUUGGACAUCUUCAAUUAAGCUGCCCUACGUUGGAAUUCGCGAAGGGACUUCAACGGUUGAACAACUCUGUGUAUAUGUAUAAACUCACGGUGAGGCCAUCGUUUGGUGACUGGCCGAAGUGGGUUCGCACCACACAUGGAGAUGACAUCUUCUUCAGUCUCGGAUCCAUGUACAAAGUGGCGGACAACUUUACAGCAGACGACGUCAAAGCUGCGGACAAUAUGAUACACAUGAUCUCAACGUUCAGCAAAACAGGGAUCCCAGAGACCCUGGAACAACUUCCCUGGCCAAAGUUCCAGGACAAAGGACAGUUUAUGGACCUCAGUGUUGAAGGUUACAAGCCACAGAAAGGAAUUCUCCGGUCCGAGUGUGACCUUUGGAAGAAGGUUUUACCGUUCGUGGAUGGGGUAUAG